AUGAUACUUACAACAUGUUUAUUAUUAUCUAUUUUUGCCAUUGGCAAUAUAUUAAUUUUUUGUGAAGAUAAUGUUAGUGUAAAUAAAAAAGAUACAACCUCAAAUAUAUCAACUUCAUUUGAUAAUGGAACAAUGGAAAAUGUUUCGAAAAUUUAUCCAUCAUACAUAAAUGAAUUGAUUAUAGCAGGUAGUGGAUAUAGUGAAAAUAAUCUAAAAGAAAUGGGAAUAGAAGAAAAACUUGAAAAUAUUAUUUUAAUUUCAAUUCAACUAUCAUUAUCAAAUCAUUUAUCAAAAAAGUCCAUUCCAAAUGAAGACACAAAUUUAAAUAAAGAUGGAAAUUAUUGGGAUUUUCAAAUGCCAAAUGAUAAUGAUAUUAAUGAAGUUAAUAUGACAGAAACAUAUUUAAUCGGAAAAAAGAAUAUAAUUAAAGUUAAUAUAACAGGAAUGGAUAUAAAAAUGAGUAAUACAUUUUUGUACUUUUUAGUACAAUAUAAGAAUAGAACUAUUCAUUCAGAUAUUAUAUCUGAAAACUUGUCAUUGUUAACUUUGUCACAUAUAUCAGCUUUCCUUGGACUACCAGUGAUAGAAAUUAAUAGUAUGUUAAGUCUUGGACAAAUAAAAAAAGAAGGAAAUAAUUGGUGGAUUAUUAUAUUAAUGUUUGCUUCAGGUUUAAUUUUAUUUUUUAUUUGUUGGUGUAUGUUGUUUAUAUAUUUUAAUACAUGUGGACAAUUAACAUAUCGUUAUUCGCAAAAAACAACGUCUAUUGUUAACAAUAUAAGUAACAAGGUAUCAAAUAAUAAUUCACCAUAUACAGAUAGAAUAAUUUUACAAAAUGAACUAAAAAAAAAUGAUAAAAAUAUUUUUAAAAUUGAUAAUGAUUUACCAAAAAUAAAAAAUAAAAAUCAUGGUAUGAUAAAGACAAUAAAUAAAGAUAUUUCAAAAAUUAAUUUAUUUAAUAAUGUAUCAGAUGAUAUAUCAUCAACAACCUCUACAAAUUCUGAUACAGUAUUAGAAAAAAAAAUUGGUAAUGAUACUGAAACAAAUAUUAACUUGAAAAAAGAUGAAACAUUUGAAAAUGUUGAAAAAAUCAGUUCAAAUUACAAUAAUAUAAAAAAUGAAGUUGAAAAAAAAAAUAUUAAUUAUGAAAAUAAAAGUUUGAAUGAAGAUAACUUACAAAAAAAUGAUGAACUUAAGAAAAGACCAUUAUCAGCAAAAAUUAGAACUCCUCUUUUUAAAGAUAUUAAUGAGUUUAAAAGUAUAUUAAAUGAUGAAAAAGUAAUAUUGAAGCCAGAAAUACUAGUUAAUGAUGAAUGGACUCCAUAUCAAUCUGGAGAUUAUAUAGCAAAACAUUUUGUUUCCAAUAUGGAUCCACAAUCUUAUCCAUCACCAAAAAAAAAAAUUAAAUAA